AUGAACUCUGUACUUAUAUUAUGGUCUCUGGCAUAUCCAUAUUUAGUCUCCUAUUCCUUAACCAUGAUCCAUGAUUUAGUUUUAGAGAAAACCCUUAUACUCAAUGUAAGCUCUUGCAGUCUUAACAGAAUAGGCUUGAACCUGAAACAUUUUUGUGGAGUGCUUAAGGACGACAAGAAGGCAGCAACAGCUUGCUUCGAGAGGGCCGGCCUCAAUCCUGAGUUGUUCUUCGUGCCUGGUGUCUUGGGUACCCUUGAAGAGAUUCGUGAUGACCGUAUUAUGAAGCUGGUAUCCUGGCUUCAAGCAUGGAUUCGUGGCUGGGCCAGCCGCAAAUACUAUUCCAAGAUGCAGAAGCAACGUACUGCUCUCAUCGUCAUGCAACGCAACAUCAGAAAAUUCAAGAUCAUGCGAUCCUGGCUCUGGUAUGAGCUCUGGAUCAAGCUGAAGCCCAGGCUCAAGGCCACUCGUGGUGAAGAGGAGCUGGAGAAACUGGAAGCUACUGCUGUUAAGGCUGAAGAAGAGUUUGAGAAGGUACUUAAGGUUCGCGAAGAACUUGAAGCCCAGAAUGCACUUCUUUUGGCAGAGAAAAAUGAACUUUUGGCAGCUGUCGAAUCAUCUAAAGGUGGCAUGUCGGAAUAUUUGGAUAAGCAAGCUAAACUUCUGGCACAAAAGGCCGAGCUCGAAGGACAGCUUAAUGAAACUUUGGAACGCCUGAGAAAGGAGGAAGACGCACGCAACCAGAUUGCUAAUGGCAAGAAGAAAUGUGAAAAGAAUGCCAAAGGAGAAGAACUCAUUUCUAAAGUUAACAAGGAAAAGAAACACCUUCAGGAAUGCAACCAGAAGACUGCUGAAGACCUUCAGGGCAUUGAAGACAAAUGCAACAAUCUCAACAAGGUUAAGACAAAGUUAGAAUCUAGCCUUGAUGAACUUGAAGAUACUCUGGAGCGUGAGAAGAAGCUUCGUGCUGAGGUUGAGAAGUCAAAGAGGAAGGUUGAGGGAACUUGA